GAAUGUGAAACGGAAGCGCCCUUGCUGAUGCUCGUCUCCACUCCCAGGCUCCCAGCAGACAACAAACAAAUAGGCUCUUUUAAUCCUGUCCUGUACCCAUCCUCCCUCUCUUUCUUUACCUACUCCAAUCCAUCAUCCAUCUUCUUCCCCGUCCGUCGCAUUCAUCCGAUCCGCCCCUUCCCCUCCCAUGGCCCAUCACCCUUGCUCCACCAAUCUCUAGCAGCUUGCGCACCAGCAAGCUUCCAAACUUGCUCUACUCUGGGACGAGCGGGACGGAGAAAGGGAGGGGACCCAAACCAGAUCUUGGCACCACCAACACUGGUAGAGUAGGGCUGAGGUGGUUCAACUCCCUCCCUCUCCCUCUUUUCGUGUCAUAUUCAUAGGCUCAUAGGUGAGCCACCGCCGCCCACCCAGCGGAUUGGAGCUUCGCCGUCUCCUCCCCCUCCUUCAAAAGCUCCCUGCUUUCUUGGGGGGUUUUGGUUCCCCCACAAGGUUGGGGGGAGGAGGGGUUUUGGUGCUCCUGAGGCUGGGAGAGAAGCACGAAUCUAUCUUGGCAACAGGGGAAGGAGAAGGAGCCGUCCUGUUUGCCCAUGGAGGCGGUCGCAAUGUCGCCGUCAUCCGUCUCCUCCCACACCCACACCCACGACGACCCUGACUCCGCCUCCGUCACCGACGGCAUGUCCUUGCAGGAAGGCCUCCUCUUCUCCGACACCCUCAAGGACCUGAGGAAUCUGCGGUCACAACUGUACUCAGCGGCAGAAUAUUUUGAAGUAUUCUACCGAAACAAUUCGCACAAAUCUACGGUCAUGACGAGUUUGAAAGAUUACACGGUUGAGGCCGUUGUUAGCACAGUGGACCAUCUGGGUUUUGUGUCAUACAAGGUGGAUAAUCUUGUCAGCGAGAAAGCUGACGAGGUUAACGAAACAGAAUUUCUAGUAUCUUCAGUUGAACAGAGGGUUCGGAUUUGCCAACAGACAACUGACCAGGAAGGAAGAUCUCAACAAGCUCUUCUCAUCAAGGCGCCAAAGUACCAUAGGCGUUACAUAUUGCCAGGCCUGGAUCUAUUGGAAUCUUCCAUUCACCCGGUUUCGGAGCCUCCACGGUAUAACAGGCAAUAUACAAGUCGCAAAAUGCACAAGUCUCAGUCUUCCAUUUCUACCCCAGUCUGUCGGCAGACUACGAUGAGGCGUGCUCGUGAACCAUCUCCUACACCUAACGAUGCAUAUCAUCGGUCAAGGUCCUUGUCACCUUCCCGUAAGGCACGAGCUAAAUCUCCAUCUCCUCGAAUUGUGAACACAAACACUACAAAAGAAACUAGGGCAGGCUCACCGAUACCAAAUUCUAAUCCUCUGGCACGGUCCGCUACGGUUGCAAGAAGACCAUCGUUGAGCUCAAAGCAUUUGAGACAAACUUCGAUGCAGCUACACACCGACUGGGACCAGCACAAGGAACAGCAGAAAAGCUCAAGCAAAGGCAGGGGUUUCCUCAAGUCACUGCUCACGAGGCGUCGUUGGAGGAACGACGAGUCGUUGUACAGUUACUUGGAUGAAUACUGAUUGCUGGGAUGUUGGAACCAAAGUCUGGUGUUAUCUGAAUCUUUUUGAUAUAUGUGAUGUUUUGCUUUGCCAAAAGGUUGGUUUCCCGUUUUCA